AUGGCGUUGGGGGGCUCGCACCCAGCAGAGAUCGACGAGGAUCUGCACAGUCGGCAACUCGCCGUCUAUGGCCGCGAGACCAUGCGGAGGCUCUUCGCGUCCAGCGUCCUCGUUUCGAGGAUGCAGGGUCUUGGUGUUGAAAUUGUGGGUAACGGAUGUGGCAGUAAAGGAUGCAGUGGGGAAGGAUAUCAUGGUAGAAAACAUGAUGGCAGCAGACACAAAUGUAGCGAUAGUAGCAUAUACAAAGGAGACAACAACAAUAACAGUAGAAGCAGUGACAACGGACGUAAUGUUAGAGAAGAUGGGAGGAAGGGGAUGAGGGAAGGGAAAAGGGGAUAA